AUGUCGCCAAAGCCGCCGCAGCGGCAGAAACAGGGGAAACACAAAGCCCCUGCAUCCAGCGCGCGCGAGACUUCCUCGCAGUACGGGGGUUCUACUCCCGGCACGUUUGGAGGAAGCACACAACUGGAGGCUAUUUUCGCACAGUUCGCGCGUAGUGACAGCAGAGAGGCAGCAGCAAUAACGGGGGCAUCCGCGACGGCGGCAACAACAUCAGUGCCUGCUGCUGCCGAUUGUGGCAGCCAGCGGAUAUCCCCAUAUGCGCGUGAGGGGGUCUGCGGAGGCAGAGGCGCUUCUCGGGCGCUUACGCUCGCCUCCACACUGCCUGCCAACGUUCACGUUGUGUUGACGCGUCUCACGAAGAAGGAUGGUCACACUCGCAGCAGAGGCCUAGUCGAACUGCAGGAGCUGUUGCAGCACCAGCUCGACGCAGAGGCUGUCGAAUCUCUACUGCCGCAGCUCGUGUUCGUGUACAGAUCGUUGGCUUUGGGGGACGGUGUGAGUCGCAACCGGGCUGCAGUGCAUGGCUGCUUGCUGCUGAUCCUGAGGAAGCUGAGACGCCGUAUUGCGCCUCACUUGAGGCAGCUCUUGCCCCUCUGGCUGUGCGGCUUACAUGAUACCUCGCGAGACGCAGCGGCAGCCGCUGCUGCUGCGCUUCAGGAGGCGUUUCCGCUGAGCCUCGAGAGUACUCCCUUGCCGCUCGCGGGGCAGCCAGAGAUUCCUGGAGCAGCGGCUGCGGCUUAUCCUGUGAAGAACGCUGCUGCAAACCAGACAAGGCGUUCACGUGCAGGCGCAGCGGUGGAAGUGACAGAAGCAGCAGCAGCAGCGACUGCCUGCGACGCUUUCAACAAAGGGCUGCAGCGUCGCAUCGCUGCAGUAGAGCACUGCAAAGCGGCUCUGCUAGAGGAGCUUCUGCAGCUGCUGCUGAUGCCAGAAACGCAGCAGCAGCAGCAGCAGCAAAAGAAGCACAGUAGCCGCCAUGAGGACGAAUGCGCGCAACUGCAGCUUGAUCGCCACGUAAUUUGCGCCCUCCUUGCUGCUGCUGACGUGAUCCGUUUGCUGAGUCUGCAGCAGCAGCAAGAGCCGCAGCAGGGGCUUGCUGCUUGGCGGGAGGGUGUCGCGUUUUUGUUUUUCGGCGAAGGUCGACUGUGCUGCUUUCUUAACGCGUCGAACCGCCUGCCUGUAAGAGCAGCGGCAGCUGCAGCGCUCUCCCUCGUGUUGGAGGCGUUUGCCGUCGCUGGCGUGCCGCUCCCGGAGCAGCCCACGUCUCUGUCUUGUGCUGCUUCUGCUGCUGCUCCGGGUGUAUCCGCAGCAGCAGAACAGUGCUUUGCUGCCGUCACUGCGGCGCUGGCAGACCCCACACUGUGUGCUGCGGCAGCGCCCUACCUGUCUUCCUCUCUCUGUGGCUCAAAAGCAGCGGGAGCAGCAGCAGCAGGAGCAGCAGCAGGGGCUACUCCAGCAGAUGCUCCUGCUGCGGCUGCUGCCUCUAGCACCUGCAGAUACCUGUUGCGCAGCACCAGACUCUUGCUGCAGCACUUCUUGCCUGAAGCGUUUGACUGCUGCCCGUCGCAAAGCGCGAAGUCUACCUUCGAGCGGCAGCUUCGCAAUCUGCUUCUCAAGAUAUUAGCGCUUGCGCGGCAUGCAGGUUACUGCGGAGGCAGCGCUUUGUACGACGAGCUGCCGCUGUUGCUGGCGGCACUGCCCCCGCAGCUGUUGCGGGGAGACUUCCCAGAAGGCAGCGCUUUCCUUAAAGACCUCCCCAAAGCCUUGUUGCUGCCUCUAGAGGGCAUGUUGCGUCAGGCGCAACAGCAGCAACAGAAGGACAGACAAGAGCAACAAGAACAACACCGUAAGGACAGACAAGAGCAGCAGCAGCAGCAGCAGGAGCAACAACAGCAGGAGCAACAACAACAGCAGGAGCAACAACAGCAGGAGCAACAACAGCAGGAGCAGCAGGAGCAGCAACAUAAGGCGAGACAAGAGCAGCAGCAGCAGAAGCAGGAGCAGCCGCCGCGUUUAGCUCGAUCUAAGGCGGAAAAGCCGCACUUACGGCAGCCGUGCGAGCUUACUCUGCCGUCGCCAGGUGUUCUUUUGGGCAGUUAUUAUGCCACGGUUCUUUUCCUUCUUGAAAAGCGCAUCUUGCCGGCAGUUGGUGCCGCAGAAGGGGCAAGUGCAGCAGCUGAGAGUCUGCGGGAGGUGUACUGCUGCGAAGCUCCGUGUUAUCCCCUCGCGUUGUUUGUGCGCGCGCUCGAAGAAAAGGAGAAGCGGCGACAGCGACAGCAGGAGGGGCAGGGGCCUAAGGCGGAAGCAGCGGCAGAGGCUGCGCUGACUGCGUUGGCAGUGGCAGUAGGGGGCUUUGCAGCAGAGGCAGCUUCUCGGGAUUUGCCUUUGCUUUUGCAGCAGUCUCUUUGGCGCAGCCUCAUUGCGGCAGUCGUUGCGCCUAGUGAGCAGCAGCAGCAUAAGCAGCAGCAGCAGCUCGAAGAGGAGGGCAGCGAGGAGGAGAAGGAGGAUCGUGUGAUUCAGACUUCUCAGAUGCCGCUGCAGCAUCUGGAGGCGUCCUUCGAAAGCCUCGAAGCUCUUGAUGCGCUUCUAAAAGCCUCUGAGGAGGCACUCACGCGGCUGCGACUGCCUGUAGCGGCAGUCGGCCUACCCGAAGUAGCAAGUGUGUGUUCUUGCCUACCCGAAAAGCUUGCUUUCGAUGCGCGGCAGCAGCUGACGUUGGAGCUGCUGCCGAUCUUGAACAUCCUCAUGAAGGGUGCCUUCGCUUUUCGCGAAGAGGAUGCCUUGGCCGUCGCGUCUGCAGCCUCCUGCGGCUUGCGGCAGAAGCGUCUGGCUUUCCAAGAGAUCUGCAGCAGACUGCUCGCUCCGUUGCUGCGGGCAGUCGCCCUUGUAGACGCAGGAGCACAGGACGCUAGUGCAGCACCAACGGAAGCAGCAGCAGGAGUGGCAGCAGCGGCUCGGAGCACUGCGUGGGAGCUCAUCGCCGAGACUCUCGUCUUAGCCUACGAGGAGGACACCUUCGCAGCGUCCAGCAGUUGCGAAGUCGCGACUGCGCAGCAACCAGCACACGCAAGGGAGCUGCUGUUACGACGCUGGUGCUGCGGGGUAUUCGCCCUCGGUCAGUUCGGGAGGCUAUGGCACGCGGUGCACACUGAACUCGGAGGAACUGCAACAGCGAGACACGCAGCAACUGCUGGGAAGAAGGAGCUUUCUCCACCAACACAGGCUGCUCUGGCACGUGCCCUUAGACACCGCAUCCAGGAGCUGCCUCUGCUGCUGCAGCAGACGCAACAUCGCAGCCUCCAGGAGACGAUGCAGCUGGUUUCGUCGUUGCUGCCCGAUUUCUUAGAUGUGCUGGUCACCGCGUGCAGCAGCAACAGCAGCAGCAGCAGCAGCAGCAGCAGCAGCAGCAACAGCAGCAGCAGCAGCAGCAGCAGCACUGAGGCCUCCGCCGCUGCGACGGGGCUGUUUGCCUUGGGGAGCCAGGAGGCAGCAGCAGCAGCGGCACAUAUCACGGAAUCACUGCAGCAUCUGCAGGCGCUGUCAGCGCAUGCCGGCACUGAAUGCUGUUUACAGAGUUUGGUGCAGGCGCUUGCAUCGCCAGCGCUUCUUGAGGGUCUGAUCUGCUGCAGGAAAGACACCCAAGGCAGCAGCGAGAGCUUCUCCUCGGACAGUUGUUACCGUGCGGCUGCCGUCAUCGUGCACGAGCUGCUGCGCGGCAGGAGUCUUCCCACGGACGCCUUUGCGCUUCUGCGGCAGUUGCUGUGCGUCCUUGACCACUCUGAGCGGCGGCAACUGCGGCAGCAAAUCACAAGCGCAGCAGCUCUAGCAGGGCGUGAGGCGCUGUUGCAGGCGCAUGCGGUCGUCUCUCCGAAGGCGUGGUCGCAUGCAGCAAGGCUCCUUGCAGCCGCGGAGCAUGAGGAACUGACGCUUCAGCACAAAUUGAGCUUCCUCUCGGGGGUUCUGCAGGAGCAGCCCUCUUGGGCAGCGGUGGCCUUCCUCUCUGAUUCUGACAGUGCCGACGUCGGCGACAAUGUGCUUCGUGAGGCGAUUCAUGCAGCUGCAACGACGGAAGAUGAUACAGUGAAAGACGGGUUGCUGCUGGUGCUCAUGUGCGGCCUUACAGUGGCAGCUACUGAGGGUCGUGGCAGCCAGUCCAUUAGCAGCGGCGGCGGGAGGAUGAGUCUCGCCCUUGUGUAUAUAGUCAGCGAGCAGAAGCGGCGGCAGGCGCUACUCCUCCCCUUGCUGAAGCUGCUGCUCAAAGCAGCAAAUGAAGAGCAGCAAUGCCUUACGAAGGAGCAUGCCGCCUUGACGCCGCUGCGAGUGAUUGCCCUGGUGUCGGCUGCUGCUGAUGCUGCCGUUGCUGCUGCUGCGUCUGAGCCGCAGCAGCAGCAGCAACAACAACGGCUUACGGCUUUCUGCGUGCUGCGGGAUAUGCUGCACUGGGUAUCUGGCUCCUGCGAAGGAGCGAAGGCAGCAGCCUCGCGGGGGGGGUGUCUCUCUGCUGCCGAGGCUUUGUGCGUUGCAGCGGCGACGGAUGCGGGGGCCGUCUUUGCUGCGUCUUUCGCUCUGGCUGCGGCAGAUGGAUGCAGGGGUGGAUCGAGAUCUGUUUCAGAGGACGCUGCAUUCUUGCGGCAGCAGGCUUGUGCAUUUACGUCGGCAGCAGAGCAUGUAGCAGCAGGCGUGGGGGGUGCGGACGGAGGUGCGGUCUGCGCUUCGUUGCUGCGGGUAGCUGCGGCUCUUACUGCAGCGUGGAUUCGAGUGCAGCCCUCCUUGCAGCAGCAGGAGACGCAGCAGCUGCAGCAGCAGAGUCGCGUGCUGCUCUGCGCGGCGGUCAAGGAGCUGUUACAGAGGCACCAGGCAGCAGCGCGAACGCAGCCUGAGGUGCUGCAAGAGCUCGCCUGCACCGACGCUGCGUGCGCGUUUCUCGUGGCCGUAUUUCCUGCGGCUGGCUCCUUGUGCCUUCCCCCAGUGUGCUUCGGCCUGCAGCUGGCGGCGCUGCUGCUGCAGCAGCGGCAGCAUCUGGAGCCUGAAGCAGCCCAGAAGCUGCUGGCACUUUUUGUGCACACGGCGCUUGCUGCGGAGAGCUGCCUGUUGAGAGGGGAAGAGCGAGAAGAGCGCCUGCAGCAGCAGACACUUUGCCCCGCAGUUCGAAGGUAUUCGACAUGCCUGCUCAGCAGUGUGGCGCUUGCUCUAGAGUCUUCUCUGCGAGUCUCGGAAAACGCGGAGGCGAUUCUCGCUGCGCCUCUGCUUGGCCUCCGGUGCAGCGCGCUGCAGCAGCCGCUGAUGAAGGCUUUGCACACUUUUCCUUGGGGCAUGCGCACCAUUUGCAGCACCGUCAGCACAGCUGCCGUCGCUGCAAACGGAAGCGUGCAAGAGCAGUCAACAGCAAGCAGCGCGGAGGCGCAGCGCUCCCUGCUAGACCGUUUCAUGAGGGCGGUGGAGGAGGAAGGGGACACUGAGCAAGAGGAGACUGAGGAGGCAGCGGAGGCAGAGGAGCAGCGCCAUUUGCUGCAAUUGCAGCUGCGGCUGCAGUCGCACGCCACGUCCGAAGGAGAGGGAGCGACAGAAAAAGGCCUUCUUGCCGCUGCAGCGCCUACCCCGCGCGUGGCUCCAGCAGAGGCGGGAGACGUUGAUAAUGCCGGUCCGUGCAAGUGGAGCGCAGUGACAAAAAAAUGCAGCAAUCAACGUAUACCGUGGAGAGGCCUGUGUGCAUGUGUUUGUGCGUUUGUGUUUGCUGCGGUAUCUUUUUCUACAGAGGCUUCCGUAGAGUUAGGCCGUGCCGUACUGCAGAGUUUGUUGCAGCCGCUCUUUGGCAGCAGCUUUGCGGUUCUGCUGCUUGAGACUCAUGAUGUCGCCGCACGCUUGCUUGCCCUGCACUUGCCAGCUGAGUGCAGCAGCGGGGGGGGCGGGAGCGCCUCUGAAGUGGCUGUACAGCGAGACGCUGCGCUGUGCCUCCGGGGGUGGGUGCUGGCGCUCGAGGCCGCUAGCCAGGCUGCAGCUCCUGCGUUGCAGCCACACGAUGCGGAAGACACUCCGCAGGCAUUCGAGCUGACGCUGCUGCAGGCUGUUCUUGCAGUUCGACCUGCUGCUGCGGCAGAUGCGGCUGCAGCGAUAGAGCUCCCGCAGGUAGCAGCAGCAGCCGAUAGGAACGCCUCGAUGGCACAGAGUUGUCUAGAUGAGACUGCUGCUUGUGGGGGAUUCGCGCCGUGCGGCUGCAAGGGCUGCCUUCUGCUUUCAAAUCUGAGGAGCUUGUCUCUCGGAGAGGCGCUGGUGCAGAUGCUCUUUCACAUUCUAACGUAUUACGAGGAAGCGGCGGCUGCAGCUCGAGCAGCGGCAAUGGCUCAGCAGAUGGGGCAGUCCGAAUCGUCUGCAGGAUCAAUGAGCGACGCUGUCUCGUACGUGAGCCCGUGGCUGUGUGGCGGCUUAAAAGCAACGCCAGUCUCGAGCUUGAGGCUUCCGAGCCGCUGUGGGAUUUCCGAGCUUCCGCAUGCGUCUGCUGCUCGCGGAGAGGAAGGCUGUGGACUGCUGCAGCAGUUUCCUGUGUUGCAAAGCGGCUGGGAAGAUCUGGGGGAACCGUUUUUGUGGCUGCUCGCCUCCCGCGUUUACGCGCUGCUGCUCCUUGCUGCCCCGCAUUGUAUUCGGAAAGUCUGGAGCCAUUGCGCCGAUGCGGGUGCCCGGCAGCAGCUGGAGUCUUUUACGGAGAGGUUCAUUACGCCUUGGUUCAUGGAAGAGGAGUCGCGGCGCUGCUCCCUGCUCGUUGGCAGUGGUUGCGUGCGUCUCGUGAACUUUGAGCCGCGCAUGCGUCGCAUCAUGGCAACCUGCAGAGAAGAGGCGGCCGAUUUUUCUGUGAAAGUGGCUGUCCACUUUCCCAGGGGCUUCCCUUUGCAGCGUGCAAAGCUAGUUCUCCCUGAAGAGACAGUUCCCGGUGAGGCGUUGUCCUUUCCCGCAUGCUGCCAGCCGACACAGUCUGCAUGUCGGGGUGCAGGAUACCGUUCCCCUGUAUUCCUACUUUCUGAUGCUGCAGGUGUUCCGAGGGGGCGUCUGGGGUGGUGGACUCUUGCCGCUUCUGCUCUAAUGGAACGCACGUGUGCUGCGCGUGGACUGGCCCUGUGGUCUGCCAACCUUUCGCUCUUCUUUGAAGGUGCUGAGGAGUGCCCUAUCUGUUUCUCUGUUAUACACCCCCAGCAGCGAACAAUGCCAAGGAAAAAAUGCGGCACGUGCCGCUACAAGUUCCACGCCGAGUGCAUUUAUAAAUGGUUCAAGACUUCCCGGAAGUCCAACUGCCCGCUCUGUCAAUCUCCAUUCUGA